GAUUCGAAUUACGUCUACGAGACAAUCACACUGGACAGAGGGACGAAGGGGUUUGGAUUCAGCAUUUCAGGGGGGUCCAACAAUCCGCACAUCCCUGGUGAUCCCAGCAUCUACGUCACUGAUAUCCUUGGUAACCACUCUGCCGCACUGGAUGGAAGAUUCAGAAUAAACGACAUCAUUGUAUCAGUGAACAAGGCAAACAUGUGCAACAUUCCUCACAUGACUGCUGUUGAAAUCCUGAAGAAUGCCGGGGACACUGUCACCUUUGUCAUAAAGAGAAGAAGGAAUCCAAACGAGGUGUCAGUUAAGUUGGAGAUCAUCAAAACAAAUCGAGGCUACAUUGGAGGAGGGGUGGGCAACCAGCACAUCCCCGGCGACAAUGGAAUUUUCGUGACUGACAUCGUCAGAGAUGGUGCUUCCUACGGAAAGCUACAAAUAUCAGAUCGACUCAUUUAUGUGAACGGGGUGAACUUGGAGAACGUGACCCACGACAAAGCAGUGAUGGUCCUGAAAUCGACCCAGGAUCGUGUGGUGAUGAUCGUCGGGAGG